ACUGUUGAACUGAACUUUGAAAGACAGAGAGAGAGAGAGAAAUGCGUGUAGCUGCCUAUGACCUACAAACAAGCAAUCCAAAUUGAUAGCUGGGGUGCCACCAUGUUCAAACCAUAAGUGACCAGAAUGUUAUCGUGAAGCUUUUGGUGGAGCGGAAAACAUUUUAUCAAAAUACACAUUCAUCAAUUUAUAAUUUUGUCACAGUUAUGGGGGGAGUCUUAUUUAUUUCCCAGAAAUGUCUGUUACUUUAAGCUAACAAGUACAUUCAUAUUUAUAUAUUAAUUUGAUAAAUGGUUAGAGUUAAACACUGUAAAUAAAAGAUACAAUUAAGGUUUAUCCUGAAUGGAAACACAAAAUACAAAAGAUUCGAACCAUGCAAACAAAUAAAGAUGAAAAAAUUCAAUAUUUGAGUUUUAUUCCAAGAAUGUUUCAGAAUGGUUCUUGCCUUCGUCAAUUGACGAUGUACUCUCGCGAGAUGUCAGUGACGCCACGCGAGGGUUCCCGCGUGUCACGUGGCAUUGUUUGGCGUCCGAAGUGUUGACUGAGCGGUUCGAUGGCGAGGAACGAGGAGAAGCAACAGGGGAAACUGAACAGACUGUGGCUGCAGAAGGAGAGAGAGGAGGGACGACUCCGAGAUGUGCACGAGCGGAGACCUAAGCUGUCCACUCUCCACUCAGCCUCCUCUGUGAGGAAGUGGAUCCCCUGCAUCAAGAAGGAAAUAGAGUAUUGUCUGCAGUCGCAGCUGUCUCAUUACCCAGAGAGGAAGAUCGCCGAGUUCCAGCUGCACAUCGAGGCUCUAGAAAAGGAGUACAAACGCUUCACUGCCAGACUGCGUGUUCUCGACCCUUCCUGUAAACACAAGCCAUGGACUCCUCGUGCAUACUGCAAAAGGAGAGCAGAGACACUGGACUCUCAGAGAACAGUUAAAAACCCUCUGCACGGUGAGUCACAUGAGGAGAGCAGUCAGUGGAGUGGAGCUGACAGUGACUUGGGCUCCAGUUGGACAGGAUGUCACAAAACCUCAGCCACUGAGAGGCGGGACCCUCUCAGCUAUUCAGAGGGGAGAUUUCAGACCCCUGUCGUCACCAAGCUGAUGUCAGAGACCUCAGAGGCCGUCUGUGCAGACCAGGACCAGCCCCUCAGCUUUGACAGGACACGGCUCGCGGUCGCCACCGCUGCGUUCAGAGGACCGUCAGUUCAACUCGGCUCCUCUGAAACGCAGAGCCUGGCCAGGGUUCUGCAGUGUGGCCUGCCAAACCUCAGUAAAUCUCCGUCAGGAAAAACCUUUCCACGACAGAACAGACACAUAGAGAGCGAUCACGGGGGGACCGUGGGCACGGCACAGAGACAAUCUAAAUCAGACGGUGAAACAGCAGAGAGGAUACCUGAGAAUCCGUCGAACACUAGCACCAUGGAGGAGAGGACUGGUCAUGUCCUGGGAUUAGACUGUUAUUCCUCCUCUGAGGAUGACGAUGACUGUGACACGUGACAUUUUUGACACAUUUUGCAUUACAACAAAUUAUUUAAUGACACAUUUUAUAUCCUGUGUUCUUUCAAAUGCGUCCUAAUUGUUGAGGGAUCAUACAAACAAGCAGCACAUUUUUAAAUUACAUAGUAGAAAAUAAUUGUUAUUAUUUAAUGGCCCCUACAUUUUCUCAACUAUUUAGGAUGUCCUACUGUGUGUAUUUGGACAAAUGUUAGUCCCUAAUACCUGAGGAUGGUUAAUCACAAUAUCUUCAUGUGAGAGAAAAAGAUCAAAUCAACCGAUAAAUCAACAAAAGAUACGUUUCCAUUUUGAAUCAAAGCCCCACUCACAUGAGAAAAAGAUUUAUUUGUAUCAUCCUGACCACAGCGGCCUCUCUUAUGCAGCAGAAAGGAUGGAGAAUGUGAGAGAAAUGCACAGUAAUUUACGGAGAUACUUGCUGAUGGAGUGAUUCAUUUUAGUCUCCUUGACUGGUUAUGUUAUAGUAUCUGGAGCAGCAGCUCUGAAGACAAUCUGGUUAGACCCCAAACUGCACCCUCCCACCUUACCCACUCUGCUGCCGCUGCUGAUGCUUUCAGCAUGACACUUCUGGGAAACUGCCACAUCAGCUUCUAGAAAGCAGACCCCGUGCAUUUUAUGGUUACGUUUGACGUAAUCAACCUGUAAGUUAAAGCUUGGCCUGCGAAUUGCAAGUUAGGUUUCCCUUUUGUCGCUGCCAGUAGACAGAGCUUAUGCCUGAGUGAUUAUUUUUAAGUUACCAAAAUACCCACAAAAACAAUAAAUAAAAAUGUACUUUUACGCAAUAUAAA